AUGUGUUCUGUAAUUCAUAACACAACUUAUUUGGACCUGCUCCAACUCUAUGGGAAAGCACAACCAAUCACUGAACUUUUACAUGAACACCGGUUUGCUUGGUUUCUAAAUUUAAACGUUGUAUGUGGAAAGAUGAAUUGUCAUCCACAUCACAAGUGGGACCUCAGCCAAAUUCCAAUUUGGCUGAGGUCCCACUUAACACAUAGUGGUAGAAAACCCUCCAUACCCAUUAUAGGUUUACAGAAAAAUGAUGCAACAGUUUUAAAUCUGAGAUUUCUUAUCAGUUUUGAAAAUGAAAUCCAGGGAAGAAGAUUUUUCUACACAUCUGAAAUCACUUUUGAUCAUAGCAAAUCUGUAUUAGAAAUAGUUAAGGAGAAGGUGUUAUUCCUGGCUGAAUGGUGGUCAGGAUCAGACGUUCGAGUGUUUGCAUCGGAGGAGUGCUUCAACAUGGGAAAGGAACAUGCUCUCAUCAUCAUGAACCACACAUAUGAAGUGGAUUGGCUAAUGGGAUGGAUAAUUGCAGACAGAUCAAAAACUCUUGGGUCUGCUAAAGUGUUUGUGAAGAAAAUGAUGCAGUAUGUGCCAACCAUAGGAUGGGCUUGGAGAUGUUCUGAUAUUAUAUUUCUGAAUCGCAACUGGCAAGAGGACAAGAGAAUCAUGCAAAAUCAAAUCAAGGAGUUUUUCGAUUACCCGUACCCAGUGUGGAUGCUCUUAUUUGCCGAGGGAACCAGAUUUACUCCUGAGAAACAUGAAGCAAGUAUGGAGUUUGCUCGGAAGAGAGGGCUGCCCGAGUUGAAGCGUCACCUGAUCCCUCGCACCCGUGGCUUCAUCCAGUGUGCUCAGUCUCUCAAGGGGAAAUUCCCUGUUAUAUAUGAUGUCACAGUUGGGUUUAAUACGAAAGAGGGUGAGGAGCCAACUUUACAGAACAUGCUUCGUGGCCACAAGGUCAUGAGUGAGAUUUAUGUGCGACGACUUCCCCUUGAUGAGGUUCCAGAUGAUGAUGAAGGGGCUUCAAAAUAUCUGCAUGACCUUUAUAGAACAAAGGACCAGCUUUUAGACAGCUACCUCAACACAGGCAGCUUCACCAAAGAGAAUGACCAGCCUGACCACAAAGGCAGAGCAAUGCCAAGGAGACUCUUCUCGCUGCUUAACAUGAUCGGCUGGGCUGCCUUCGUCCUGUCGCGGAUUCUCAGCUUCUAUUACAACCUCAUAACAAGUGGUUCCAUCCUUUCCAUAUCAUUUGCAAUAGGCAUUGUUAUCUUUGCAUACAUUUGCUUGUACAAGAUGAUCGGCCUGACAAAGAUUGCCAAGGGGUCGCAGUAUGGCAACACAGGCGCGAAGAAGAAAGAGUAAGCUUCCCCCUUCAUAUUGCAAAGAAAAUGAAAAGAAAGAAAGAAAGAAAACUAAAUCCUGAGAAACAUCUGGUAAAUAACUGGAAGGCUGCAGUUUAUAUACAUAGUUUCUUUCAUUUUUCAACAUCAUCAUCCUUAGUGGUUACGAUUAUUCUGGAACAAAGUUGGCUGAGAGAGAGAGAGAGAGAGAGAGCUGGAUAAGGUUGUUUCCAGUCU